AUGAUUGUACCAACCAGAUUACGUAGUGAAGCACGUGCCAAAGGUAAAGAUGAUUUUAAACGUGUUAUUAAUUCAUACGCCCUUCAACAUGUUCGUCGUUGGGAAAAACGUUGGAUAACAAUCAACGAUACAUCGAUUCGUGUUUACAAAUGGAUGCCAUGUGCUGUCUUGGAUAAAGAUCUUGUUGCAACACGAACAAAACCGUUUAAAAAUUCAAAAUUAUCAUCAACGUCACCAACAGGUACCUCUUCACAAGUGUUACCGACUUCAGAAACGAAUGAUACUCAAAAUUCGUUGAUACAAGAUACCCAAAUCAUACCAUCAUCUCAAGAACAGGAAUCGACACAAAUGUUAAUAAAUGAUAGUCAAAUGACAGUGGGUGGUUCACAAUUUCAAGAUGAAAAUACAAUUGAUAGCUUGUAUAGUAAUCAAGAUUCGAAUCAAGAAGAAUGGACGACAACUGGGACAACAAAUAAUCAUCAUAUCACACAAGAAUCAAAUGAUACAACACCAAGUCAAUGA